AUGGGAGGUCGAGAGUCGAAGUCGGACUCAGAAUGUGAUUGCUGCCCUGAAUGCGCGGCACAGCAUAGAUUUCAUCCAACGAGGGGACAAAGGUACAGGACCAGAAGACUUCUCCACAACGCCAGUUUGCAUCAGCAGGCUGGAUGUCACGGUCACUCUCUGUUUAACAACCCCGAAAACAUUCGUGUCAAUUUGGCAGAUGAGCUCAGUUUACCAAGCCCUGAGGCAAAUGAAUACGAUCUGCUGAAAGAAAAAGAAACCGAGAUUGAGGCAAAUCUUUCUUCUUCAAAUGCGACAGUUGACUUUCCAAGUUUAAAAUCAUCCUCACCGGUGGAGAUGCCUAAGCAGUGUUCUGAACUCUCGACUAAACAAUCGAAAAUUCGAGCUGAAAGACCGAAAUUCCAAAGAACUUCUAAACAAAUGAACAGAAGAAAUGUGUUCUUUCAGGGUGCCACCCCGUGUAGAGACGAGAAUCCCUAUAACUCUCAUACCCCAAGACAAACCCCGUGGCCCAAUUACCUGCGUCAAGGGGUACCUCAACAGCACACGAGUAACGAAGUCGGAGUAAUUUCUUCCACUUCUGUCACGGAUGCCUCUUCUCUGUGUUUUGAGGAUAGCUACAGGGACUUUUUGCCCCACGAAUGUGGGAGGUGCAUCACGGAGCAGGAUAUGAUAAGCUUGUUUGAGUUUGAGAAACUUGAGAGGGAAUGUGACGCUGCCUGCAUGAAGAGGGUGCCCCCGAUGCCAAAAGCUCGGAGAACCAAAAUGAUUCAGCGGGCUCUUGCGGAGACAACUGUCAGGACAGCGUAG